UUUACGGGUUCAGGUCACAUUCUGUUCUCAUUACACACUCAAAAUGCCGCUCUUUAUUAACCGAGACCAGAUUUUUGCUCAUCAAGUACACCUUCUAGAGCAUAAACUACGGAGUAAAGAGGAGCGUAUUUUGGAAAUGGAAACAGAGAACGCUCUUCUUCAUUUGAGACUCGUUGAGUGUUUGGGCAUACUUCACUGUGGAAGAAAUGAGGAGAUCCAAGUCCAAAGACAGAAGCAUCAGCAGCAGAGAAAAGUGCAGAAGUCCACACAUGCUGCUCUCUCCAAACUUCUGUCUGAAGUUCAGGUGCUAAAACAGGACUUGAGGAAUGUACUUACUCUCUACAUGGGGUUUGCUAAAGAAAUGGAGCAUCAAAGCAAACAGCUGUUUGAAUGUAUGGGCACUGCCAUUCAGGAUCACCAAAGUGAUGACAUGCAGAAGCUACAGGCUCAGGUGGCUGCACUCGAGCACUCUUUACAAGAAGAGAAGGAGAGGUGUAGAGAGGAGCGGCUGAGGAGGAGACUACUUCACAACACUUUGGUUGAGCUGAGGGGAAACAUCCGAGUCCACUGCAGAAUGCGCCCAAUUCUACCCUUUGAUUAUAGCCCAGGAUCCCCCACAACAAAUGGGUCCUUAUCAUGUGAAGCAGUGGUGCAAGCCAUCAACGAUGACUGUGUUCUUGUGAACAGCAACAAAAGCCCUGUUGUGAACAAAAUAUUUGAGUUUGAGAGAGUACAUGGUCCAGAAGACAGCCAACAGACUGUGUUUGAAGAGAUGAAACCCCUUCUAACAUCUCUGCUUGAUGGGUAUAAUGUGUGUAUAAUGGCGUAUGGCCAGACAGGCAGUGGCAAGACACAUACAAUGAUUGGCUCCCAAUCUGAGGAGCCCACAGCUGUAGUGCAGGACUCUCAACAGGGCAUCAUUCCAAGAGCAGCCAGUGAGCUAUUCAAGAUGAUCUCAGAGAAACCAGCAGACAGUCAUAUGGUGGAGAUAUCAGUGGUGGAGGUCUAUAAUAACGAGGUUCUGGACCUGCUGGCCAGAGAUGAAGAUGGGGCAGCAGUUGGGGUGAAGAGAGAGGUCAUCACCACUAGCACAGGCACUAGUGAAGUGCCCUGUCUAACAUAUGAGUUGGUACACAGCUCUGCAGACGUGAUGCAGCUGAUCAAUUCUGUGUUGAAACUAAGAGCUCACAGUCCCACCCUGGUCCACAUGGACUCUUCCAGAUCUCAUUUAAUUGUCACUCUUACCGUUUCCUCCAAAAGCCCCGAUGCCCUGGCACUGGCUCGUAGGCUGCAGAAUGCCAGGCAGGAUGUCCGACGGGUGUCUCAAAAGGAGUGGUGGAGCCCGCGUUGCCGAAGGGCUGCCUCCUCACACUCAUCCAGCCCCGUCUCCUCACCAUGCCACUCCCCCUGCCACUCACCAUGCCCCUCUCCCCGACCCAGCAUCACACAGAUGCCUCUCAAGACCAAGCUGCAGGUGGUGGACCUGGCUGGGAGUGAGUGUGCUGGAAUGUCAGGUGUGACUGGUGCAGCUCUAUGGGAGAGUUCCUGUAUCAAUCGUAGUCUUUCUGCUUUGUCUGAUGUUCUGGGUGCUUUAGCUGAGCAACGAACCCAUGUACCAUACCGCAACAGCAAACUAACACAUCUCCUACAGGAUGCCAUAGGUGGGGAUGCCAAGCUGCUAAUAAUGCUUUGUGUAUCUCCUACUCAACGCUUCCUCACAGAGUCUCUUCAGUCACUGGGCUUCGGUUCCAGAGCCAGACAAGUCCAGAGAAAGCCACCAUGCAGAAAGAACACAGCUCUGAAAAUGAAGUAAAACUAGGAAAGAGUCCAACAGCGAGAUGCAUUUGUUAGUUGACUGCUCUAGUUGAAAAUGAUAUAAACAAGGUGUUGUGGAGAAAUGUAUUAUUAUUAUUAUUUAUUUGUAUUUUUUAUUUUUUUUCUCCCCAAUUUGGAAUACCCAAUUCCCAAUACACUCUAGGUCCUCGUGGUGGCAUAGUGACUCACCUCAUUCUAGGUGGUGGAGGACAAAUCUCAGUUGCCUCCUUGUCUGAGAUCUUAUCAUGUAGUUUGUUGAACGCAUUACCGUGGAGACCUAGCGAGUGUGGAGGCUCACGCUAUUCUCCACGGCAUCCACGCUCAACUCACAACUCACCACGCACCCCACCGAGAGCGAGAACCACAUUAUAGCAACCACGAGGAGGUUAACACAACGUGACUACCCACCUUAGCAUCCAAGCCAAUUGGUUGCUUAGGAAGCCUUAGGAAAACUUGCUGAGCUACCCAGGACCCUGGAGGAAUGUUUUAUUAAAAUAGUGGUUAAUUCCAUUGUUGCUAAUGUGUAUGCAUUUUAGUAUGGUUUUUGAAGUGAUACCAGUGUUUUCAGAAUAGGGCUUGCUAAACAUAUCUUUGGUAAACACACAAUCUUUAGCUGAUCAUGCACUUUGGGGAUAUUCCUAUGAAAAAAUUAAAUAAAAUAAAUAAUGUUUACAUGUUUUAUUUUUUUUAUAUUUAGUUUCCAGUGUGCUUGAAAUGCUUCCUUUGACUGAAGUGUAAUUGUCUUUAGUUUGUGUUAAAGUUUUGGGUGAUGAUGAAAAAUGUACGGUUUUGACGUAUAGGGCAAGCAACCUGACUGUAGAUGACCUAAUGUUCUACUGCAAUAUUUGUAAUUUGUUGCC